GUGAUUUAAAUUUGCAACUUCUUCCGUGUAGCUUUUAAGUUGAAGCCUCUUUACACGUCCUGGAAAAACACAAUUUUCACUUCCGGGUCAGAAUCGAUUCCUCUGUUGCUGUCGUUUUUUACCUGCUCUUCUAGUCCGUGUAAGAUAUUGGCCAAAGUUUUGGAUUCCGCAACGUCGACACCGCAGCGUUUUAGCUGCCGAAUAUCAGGCCAUGGCGCUUAAGUGGACUGUUGGCCCAGGCCGCGGGGGGACGGGGACGCAGUGGCGGCGCUUGCUGCCACUGCUGGCGGCGAGUCUGUGUCUGUGCGUGUGCGUGUGCCGAGCAUCCUCGUCACCUCGGGAGCAGCAGCAACUACAACAGCAGCAGCAGGAGGAGGAGGACAGUGCCAUGGAGAAUAUCGUCACGGAGAAGAAGGCUGAGGAGAGCCAUCGGCAGGACAGCGCUGACCUGCUCAUCUUUAUCCUGCUCCUCACCCUCACCAUUCUGACCAUUUGGCUGUUUAAACACCGCCGGUUCCGCUUCUUGCACGAAACUGGAUUGGCGAUGAUUUAUGGUUUACUGGUGGGGGUGGUGCUGCGCUACGGCAUCCACGUCUCGCGCGACGUCAGCAACGUGACGUUGAGCUGCCACGUCAAUGCUAGCCCCGCCACGCUGCUUGUCCACUCCAAGGGAAAGUUCUACGAGUACACGCUGAAGGGUGAGAUCAGCGCCAGCGAGGUGGACGACGUGCAGGACAACGAGAUGCUGCGCAAGGUGACGUUUGACCCUGAAGUCUUCUUUAACAUCCUCCUGCCGCCCAUCAUCUUCCACGCCGGUUACAGCCUGAAGCGGAGACACUUUUUCCGGAAUAUGGGCUCCAUCCUGGCCUACGCCUUUAUGGGGACAGUUGUUUCCUGUUUCGUCAUCGGGUUGUUGAUGUAUGGCUGUGUGAUGCUAAUGAAGCAUAUGGGACAACUCGGUGGCGAAUUCUUCUUCACGGACUGUCUGUUCUUCGGCGCCAUCGUGUCCGCCACCGACCCCGUGACAGUUCUGGCCAUCUUCAACGAGCUUCAGGUGGACGUCGACUUGUACGCGCUGCUGUUCGGCGAGAGCGUGCUCAACGACGCUGUGGCCGUCGUCCUUUCCUCGUCCAUUGUGGCUUACCAGCCGCAGGGCGACAACAGCCACACGUUCGAGGUCGUGGCCAUGUUCAAGUCCUUCGGCAUGUUCCUCGGCGUCUUCAGCGGCUCCUUCGCUCUCGGCGUGGCCACCGGCGUCGUCACGGCGCUCGUGACCAAGUUCACAAAGUUGAGAGAUUUCCAGCUGCUGGAGACGGCCUUGUUCUUCCUCAUGUCGUGGAGCACCUUCUUAUUGGCUGAGGCGUGUGGCUUCACAGGUGUGGUGGCGGUAUUGUUCUGUGGAAUCACUCAGGCGCACUAUACCUUCAACAACCUGUCUCCCGAGUCCCAGGACCGGACCAAACAACUGUUUGAGUUGUUGAACUUCCUGGCGGAGAACUUCAUCUUCUCCUACAUGGGUCUGACCCUCUUCACCUUCCAGAACCAUGUCUUUAACCCCAUGUUCAUCGUUGGCGCUUUUGUGGCAGUGUUCCUGGGCAGAGCGGCCAACAUCUACCCGCUCUCCUUCCUCCUCAAUCUGGGCCGACGCAACAAGAUCCGAUCCAAUUUCCAGCACAUGAUGAUGUUCGCAGGGUUGCGGGGCGCCAUGACGUUCGCCUUGUCCAUCCGGGACACGGCCACGUACGCGCGGCAGAUGAUGUUCUCAACCACGCUGCUCGUGGUCUUCUUCACCGUGUGGUUCUGCGGCGGCGGCACAACGCAGAUGUUGUCGUGCCAGCGCAUACGGGUUGGAGUGGACUCUGACCAAGACAACUCUACGAGCAUCAGCGACGGUUCCGAGCGACAAAGCACUAAACAGGAAAGUGCCUGGCUUUUCCGAAUUUGGUACAACUUUGACCACAAUUACCUGAAGCCCAUCCUGACCCACAGCGGCCCCCCGCUCACAGCCACGCUACCAGCUUGCUGCGGGCCCCUGGCUCACUUCCUCACCAGCCCGCAGGCCUUCGAGAACGAGUGUCAGAUUAAGGACGACGACUCCGACCUUAUCCUGACCGACGGCGAUGUCAACCUAAACUACGGCGACAUCACCGUCAGCACCGACGGCGCCGCCGCCGACGACCCCGACAGGGAGCUGGCGUACGGCGACCACGAGCUGGUGAUGCGGGGCACGCGCCUGGUGCUGCCCAUGGACGACUCGGAGCCGCCCUUCACAGACCCCCGCUGCCGCUUGUGAGGCCGCCGCGGCCCGCUUCUUUCUCGCUUCUCCCGCUACCUCGUCACGUCGCCCUUCUCGUCCACCAUCACCGUAAUGUAUUUAUUUGUCCAUUUCCGUUGGGCUUUUGAGUCACCUUAUUGUAGCGACACGCAGCAUGUGUACUCUAUGGCGAGCCGUUUGAGCAUUUCUUUCAUAUCCUACUAGUGCGUGUACUCAUCUAGUCCAUGUAAUAGUACGCUCUGUCAAUCAGACGAUUCAACACACUAGUAAGACUUGUCUUUCUGACAAUUGAUGAGUUUUUUUUUUUUUUUCAUGACAGUGAACCACAGCUUUGUCACUGCUUUUGCACUCAGGCCAGAACCAUGUCUCAAUAUUGAUUUGGCACCAUCUAGUGCACAAACUAUGAUAUUUCUCUGCACUAGUAGCAAAUGUUGGAUGCUCAUAAUUCAGAAGUGAAAAUGUCGGAAAUAUAUGUCCUACUAGUUCGUCCGACUAGUGUGUCCUAGUCUUUCGACUACUAUGCAGAAAUGUCAUUCAAUACAGUAGCGGAAAAUCAUCACGAGUAAGACAGUCGUUCUACAGUUUGUCUCUAUUGAUGGCAAAGAGCGUAAGAGUACGUGGACCACUCAGCGCACCGGUUGGAAAUUGAAUAAACGCUGAAACGGCUUCCCACCUUUCUGACAAUAUAGCAGCAGUACUGUAAGCUUGGUUUGCAUGCUGAGGAUACUUCUUGGGACUUUUCCUUUGGAGCCGGAUGGCGAUUGGUCGCCACUAAACAGUACGCGCGCUGUUAAACAAGUGCCUGGGAGGCGACCUUUCAACCCAGUUGAAGUUCUGGCGAGGAGGGUGCGCGAGGUAGCAAUACGCUCCACGUCUGGGGGCUAAAAGUCGUUUUUUUGCGCACAGUGGAUCUGAGCCGCUGACUGUGAAUACUGUGUGUGUGUGUGUGUGUGUGUGUGUGUGUGUGUGUGUGUGUGUGUGUGUGUGUGU